UGGUUCUACUUCAGCGUGCGGGGAGGGACUCCGGGGAAGAUGAUCAAGCUGCACAUCGUGAACAUGAACAAGCAGAGCCGGCUGUACUCCCAGGGCAUGUCUCCCUUCGUGCGGACCCUGCCCGUGCGGCCCCGCUGGGAGCGUAUCCGCGAGCGGCCCAGCUUCGAGAUGGUGGAGACGCAGUUUGUUCUGUCCUUCGUGCACCGCUUCCUGGAGCACCGUGGGGCCACCACCUUCUUUGCCUUCUGCUACCCCUUCUCCUACACAGAGUGCCAGGAGAUGCUGGCGCAGCUGGACAGCCGCUUCCAGGAGUGCCGGCACAUGUCUCCUAGCAGCCCCCUUGACUCUGUCUAUUACCACCGGGAGCUGCUCUGCCACUCCCUGGACAAGCUGCGAGUGGACCUGCUCACCAUCACCUCGUGCCACGGUAUGCUGGAGAAGCGGGAGCCUCGGCUGGACAAGCUCUUCCCAGACACCACCACUCCCCGGCCUCGCCGCUUCACAGGGAAGAGGGUGUUUUUCCUGAGCAGCAGAGUCCACCCAGGAGAAACACCCUCCAGCUUUGUCUUCAAUGGCUUCCUGGACUUCAUCCUGCGGGAGGAGGAUCCCCGUGCCCAGAUGCUGCGGCGGAUGUUCGUCUUUAAGCUCAUACCCAUGCUGAACCCUGAUGGAGUGGUGCGAGGCCACUAUCGAACUGACUCGCGUGGAGUAAACCUGAACCGCCAGUAUCUCAACCCCGACGCUGAGCUGCACCCCGCUGUGUAUGGAGCCAAAGCCGUCCUCCUGUACCACCACGUUCACAGCCGCGUCCUGCCAGGCUCUCCCGACUGGAGGACAUACAUCUCCCCGCUCAGCACCAGCUCAUUAAGCACAAAAUCCUCCAACCAUUCUGUCCACAGCAGCACCCCAUCCUCACAGGCAGCCCUCUCGGAGCUGGAGAAAGCCAAUAACCUCCGCAACUCGCCCAGGGCCUGGCAUGCCAGUGUGUACCUCAGCCCCUCUCAGGAAGCCCGGCUCUUGGGAGCACCGCCCGCCCGCCCAGGCAGCAAGGACCAAGCUGUCUGGAUCCUCUCUUCGAGCCACACCUUAGAGCACUGUGAGGAGGAAGCCCAGAGGCGUCCAUCAACACCUCUCCCUGAAGCCAUCCCGCCUCAGGACAGCGGGCUGGCCUACUAUGUCGAUCUCCAUGGGCAUGCCUCCAAGCGUGGCUGCUUCAUGUAUGGCAACAGUUUCAGUGAUGAAAAUGAUCAGGUGGAGAACAUGCUCUUCCCCAAACUCAUCUCCUUGAACUCACCUUACUUCGACUUCAUGGGCUGCAACUUUUCCGAGAAGAACAUGUACGCCAAAGACAAGAGGGACGGGCAGUCAAAGGAGGGUAGUGGGCGAGUGGCCAUCUACAAAGCCCUGGGGAUCAUCCACAG